GAAGUAGCCAAUGUACACACCUUUUCGUGUUUUUAAUAGCUCUCUAACUAGCAAUACUUUAUACGUGACUAGGGUUCUCUCGUAUGUUUUCGAAAUUAUCAUUCGUCGUAUGGACUAAGAAAGCGCUCAACAUAUGGUCCGUGGAUAACGUAUGACAAGUUGUGCCACAGGUCCGUUGACAAGGUUCUCUCCAUGAGUCACAGUCGGAACCCCCCGCCCAGGGGACAGGGGGCAGCGCGAGCCAAACAGAUGGGGCUGCUCCUGGAUCUGUCUCCGGAUGGAGGGAUGGAUGGAGGAGGAAAUGAAAAAGAGCUGGAGGCGGAGCUACUGGCUCUGAUGGGCGGGGGCGGGUCCCAGGGGAAGAAAGGGACAGGAAAAGCUCCAGUUCCCAUGGCUGAUAUCGAGCGUAUGGCGGCUCUGUGUAUGAAGGACCUUGAUGAGGAUGAUGAUGAUGGGGAUGAUGAUCUGGAGGAUGAUGAUGAUCUCCUGGCUGAGCUGAAUGAGGUUUUGGAGGACGAUGAUGAUGAACAGGUUCAGAAACCUGCCACCACUCCAAGCUCUAACUCCACCCCCCGCUCCACCCCCAGCACUCCUAGUGGUGCAACCGGGCUGGAGGCCUGCCUGGCUGAACGCAUUGACAUGUACCAGACAGCCAUCUCCAAUGCUAAUGCAGAGGGGGAGACCAGCAAGGCUCGCAGAUACGACCGCGGAUUGAAGACAUUGCAGUCCAUGAUGACGUCAGCCAAGAAAGGAAAACCGGUCAACGAAGAGGAAAUCCCGCCUCCUGUCUCCACAGGUGGAAAGCCUGCCCCAGCCCCCGUGCAGCAGCCUAAACCAAUCAAAGAGCGGGGGCUGCCAACCCCAGUGCUGACGCCCUCCCCGUUCACCAAUCAGAAGCCUCUGAGGGAGGCUCCGCCUGUUGCCCCGCCUCCUAAGACCCGCCUCCUGGUCCCCCCUCAGAAACACACUGCCGUUACCCCGGAUACACCUGCUAUCUCCCCCCUCACCCCCAUUCAACCAGACGCACGGCACUCAGAGUUGAAGCAGUGUGUUCUAAACAGACAGAGGGAGUAUAAGCUGGCAGCCCUCCACGCCAAGCAGGGAGGAGAUUCAGAGCUGGCCAGACAACACUACCACAUCGCCAAGAAACUAGACCCAGUAGUAGAGGCGUUGGACAGAGGGGAACCAGUGGACCUCAGCUCUCUACCUCCCCCUCCAGGAGAUGCAGUGGUAGAGCGUUCAGCUCCUCCCCAGUCUUCCUCCAGGCCCUCCCCUGCAGCUCCCCCUGCAGCUCCCCCGGUGGCCGACUCCGUCCUCCCAGCCCCAGGCAGUGUAGGGGAAGCGUUACAACAAAGGAUGGACAGAUACAAAGCUGCAGCAGAGGGGGCCAAGAGCAAAGGAGACGACCGCAAGGCACGCAUGCACCAGCGCAUCGUCAAGCAAUACCAGGAUGCCAUCAGGUCUCAUAAGGCUGGACGCCCAGUCAACCUGGCUGAUCUCCCUGUACCACCAGGUAACCUGCAUUUGGCUGCAGCUUUUAUCAUCUACAGUGGGGAGAACAAGUAUUUGAUACACUGCUGAUUUUGCA